AUGGAUAAACAUAACAGCUCAGAAUUAUUGAAUUCAGAUUUCUCAUUGUCCAAAAAUGCAAGUUCCGAUUCAUUAGAUUCUGACUCCAAAUCUAGUUCAUUGAAUUCUAAACAUGGACAAGAAUCCUCUCAUGUAUUGGGUGAUAUUCAGCUUCUAGACGGUGAAAAAGUUAUGGGAGUUGCUCGGGAUGUUACAUAUCUUUGUCCAUAUAGUGGACCAUCUAGAGGUGUUCUUAAAGUAACCAAUUACCAGUUGCAUUUUCGACCAACUGACAUUACACCUCUGCAAAGUACACUGAGUGUUUCCUUGGGUGUGGUUUCCAGAAUUGAAAAAGUUGGUGGAGCUUCAUCUAAGGGGGAAAACUCUUAUGGAAUUGAAGUAUUUUGCAAGGAUAUGAGAAACUUACGCUUUGCUCAUAAACAGGAAAAUCAUUCUAGACGUGGUAUUUUUGAGAAAUUACAACAACUGGCGUUUCCACUAUCUCAUAGAUUGCCGUUAUUUGCAUUUAGUUAUUUAGAAAGUUUUGCAGAAGAUGGCUGGCAAGUUUAUGAACCUGUUGUGGAAUUGAGGAGAAUGGGUGUCAAUAAUGACAUGUGGCGCAUAACUCGUAUAAAUGACAAGUAUGAGAUAUGUGACAGCUACCCAUCGGUAUGGGCGGUACCGGCUGCCGCUAACGAUGACCUGCUCCGUUCUGUUGCGGCUUUUCGAUCUCGCGGCAGAAUCCCAGUAUUAGCCUGGAUACAUCCGAGUUCACAAGCCACUAUUACAAGGUGCAGUCAGCCUUUAGUGGGGGUUAGUGGUAAACGCAGCCGUGAAGAUGAAAGAUAUAUCCAGCUUAUAAUGGAUGCAAAUGCUCAAGCUCAUAAACUGUUCAUCAUGGAUGCUCGGCCCAGUGCUAAUGCUAUUGCUAAUAAGGCUAAGGGAGGCGGAUAUGAAUCCGAGGACGCGUAUCAAAACGCAGAAUUGGUGUUUCUAGAUAUACACAAUAUACACGUGAUGAGAGAGAGUUUGCGGAAGUUGAAGGAAUUGUGCUUCCCACAAAUUGAUCAGACGAGAUGGUUCAGUGGAAUUGAGGCAACUUGUUGGUUGAAGCAUAUAAAGUGCAUUCUGGCGGGAGCCGUUCGGAUUGUUGACAAGGUGGAGAACCACAAAACAUCAGUACUGGUCCAUUGUUCUGAUGGCUGGGACCGGACUGCUCAGUUGACAGCCCUCGCGAUGCUCAUGCUUGACCCGUUUUACCGCACACUGAGAGGCUUCCAAGUCCUGAUUGAAAAGGAGUGGUUGUCCUUCGGCCACAAAUUCCAACUGCGUAUAGGCCACGGAGAUGAACGACAUUCGGACGCAGACCGUUCACCGGUCUUCGUUCAAUGGGUGGACUGUGUUUGGCAACUGCAGCAACAAUUCCCAACUGCGUUUGAAUUCACUGAACGACUCCUUAUCACAAUCGUCGAUCAUCUGUACUCGUGUCGUUUUGGUACAUUCCUCUUCAACACCGAGCGGGAGAGAGUCAAAGAAGAACUUAAGGCCAAAACAGUCUCCCUCUGGUCCUACAUAAACAGUCGUCAGGACCUCUACCUGAAUCCCUUAUAUUGGGGUCCGAGCGCCUUUGGCCCUAACACGCCACCUUCGCCCUAUUCAAGGCCGCAAACAGUGCUGGUACCAGUUGCAUCUCUGAGGAUCAUCAAGCUGUGGAAAGCUUUAUACUGCAGAUGGAAUCCUACUAUGAGGCAACAGGACCCAAUAUUCCAACGUACGCGCGAGUUAGUAGCAUUACGAGCGCAGUUAGAAGCGGCUGCAGCAGCAGCGGCGGGAGAUCACGCGGCGCGGCAACAUCGCUUAGCUCUCACUCCACCACGCGUUGCCAGUCCGCAUCAUGUCUGA